AUGUCGAUCGUCAUUCAGUUCUUGGACGGUGUGGCUCAGCUACCUCAAAACUUGCUUGAAAUUGUGAAAGCUCGAGAAAACGUUGCAGCCACUGGUGAAAAAGCAGCUGAGUCACUUGCGCAGCCAAGUUCGGUGGCUACGUUAACGUUCACGGAACCAUUUGUCUCGCAUGGACGCUAA